AUGCUUUUGGCUGUGUCAUCAACGAGCGAGGCUCACAUUCGCAUCACUGGCCUCACGCUGCAAUUGAACAACGUACCGUAUUAUGUGCCGCCGCAGUCAAUUGGUGUGAUACCUCAGCCGGCAAACUCCUCCAAGGCACGCGACUUUGAUCUUGUUCCCAUCACAGUGGUGACGUCAAAUCAUGGAAAAUUUGGACAAGAUGAGCUUGAGAAUACAACUACCGAAUUUUCUGGCAUUGAUGACGUUUUCCAAGACGGAUUCCUGCAGGGCAUCUACAUCCAGAGUACGACGAGGGAAGGGAGCCGUUUUUGCGACGCCGUCCUGAGGAACUGCGUUGAUGUGCAUGCUUCUACCUUGGAUGACAGCAGUCCCAGCAUUCCCGACGGACCGUACUUUAUGUCAAGCUCGGGGUCUAUAUUCCAGGCAUACCGGCUGUAUUCCGAUACACAGGGAUCAUUCAGCGAAACCACGGUGCGGGACGGCAACGGGGGUUUCACAGUCCUCCCGGCGAAUAUUCCCGGGCAAUCGCUAGCUGUUGCCGUCCCAUCCCGGUUAUACUUCCAACGCACGACCGAGAAGCCACUGGCUGGUGUGCGUCUCGGGGUCAAGGACAUAUAUGAUUUGAAAGGAGUCAAGACGUCGAAUGGUAACCGGGCUUGGUAUAACCACUAUGCGGCCGCAGACGCAACCGCCCCGGCGGUGCAGAACCUCAUUGAUGCGGGUGCCAUUGUCGUGGGAAAAAUGAAGACGAGCCAGUUUGCCAAUGGGGAGACGGCAACUGCCGACUGGGUAGAUUACCACUCGCCAUUUAAUCCCAGAGGGGACGGCUAUCAAGAUGGGUCGUCGUCGUCUACAGGACCGGCUUCCGGAGAAGCUUCAUACCCGUGGCUAGAUAUUACACUCGGCUCCGACACUGGUGGCAGCAUAAGGAGCCCAAGCCAAGCUCAAGGACUAUACGGAAACAGGCCAUCUCAUGGGUUAGUCUCCAUGAAGCGUGUUAUGCCGCUCGCACCAGAGUACGACACGGCCGGAAUCUUUGCAAGAGACCCUCGUCUCUGGGCUGCUACGGCGCAAGCGCUCUACCUCGACAACAUUACCCUGACGAGCAGGUACCCAAGCUCGGUGCUCGCCGUCGGCUUCCCAACCAACUCGUCCACCAGAUACGACGCCUUGCUGAGCAAUUUCCUCCAAAACCUGACUCGUUUCCUGUCCGCCAGCGUAACGCCGUACAAUGUCGAAGAGUCGUGGAAAGCAGACAUGCCACACGAGCCACCCCUCCCGACCCUGCUCAACAACACAUACGAGCUCCUGACGGCAAAGCAGCAGGCAAAGCUCGUCCGGGACGUAUUCGUGCCCGACUACGCGCGCGUCCACGACGGCCGCCUCCCGCACGUGGACCCGAGCCCGCUGCAGAGAUGGGCCCUGGGAGACUCGGAUCCCAGCACGACGGAGCACGUCGUGGCCGCCAAGACCAAGUUCAUGGACUGGUUCAACGCGAAGCAGCUGCCGCGCGACGCGGCCACGUGCUCCCGCCACAUCCUCGUCUACGUGCCGCGACGGCCGGCGCCCAAGUACCGCGACACGUACCUCGGCGGGCCGUCGCGGCCGUUUCCCUUUUCCGUGACGCGUCUCUCGGUCUACAGCGGCGCGCCGGACGUGGUGCUGCCCAUUGGAGAGGUGGCCUACGAGUCGGCGGUGACGGGGCGCGCCGAGGUGCUGCCCGUGUCGGUGGACGUCAUGGCCGCCCGGGGGUGCGACGGCGUCCUCUUCUCCCUCGUGCGGGAUCUACAUGCCGCGGGGUUUUUGGCCGCGGUCAAGACGGGGAGGAGCAUCGUGGACGGUGGGCAGAUUCUUUACUAA